UUUUAUAUUUUUGUUAACUGUAUAUAGAAGUCCCUAUAAAUCUCUGUCGUUAUCUUCCCUCACUCCACAUAAUUGACUGGUUUCUUGUCGUCAAGUUUUGCAUAUAAAUGGAUGUGCUGUGCUCGUAUAUGCAUUCUUCAGUUCACUAACAAAAUCAUAUUCCCGCAACAAAACCAAACAAGAUAACUGUUCUGUGUAACGAAUACAACACAUGGGAAACCUCAAGUCUCUCGCUCUCUUGGCUUUGCUUUUCUCUCUCUCCCUCGCUGUUUUUGCGGACACAUCCACUGAUGCCACACAUGCUAAGGAUGACGUGAAGCCAAGUACUGAAGCAACCGAUGGUGUAGAGCCCCAGCAAGGCUGGUUUGGUGGUGGUUGUAGGUACGGAUGUUGCGGUGGUUGGUGGGCUGGACGUUGCAGAUACUGUUGCAGCAGUCAAGCCGAGGCCAACGUUAACGAGGUUGUGGAAACUGUAGAGCCACAGCAAGGCUGGAGUGGUGGUGGUUGUAGGUACGGAUGUUGCGGUGGUUGGUGGGCUGGACGUUGCAGAUACUGUUGCAGCAGUCAAGCCGAGGCCAACGUUAACGAGGUUGUGGAAACUGUUGAGCCCCAGCAAGGCGGGGGUGGUGGUGGUUGUAGGUAUGGAUGUUGCGGUGGGUGGUGGCGUGGACGGUGCAGAUACUGUUGCAGCAGUCAAGCGGAGGCCAAGAAGGUUAUGGAAACAGUUGAGCCCCAGCAACGUACUGGAUGUAGGUUAUACGGUUGCUGUGGAAGCUUUACAACUGGACGGUGCACUGCUUGUUGUUCCAAGCCGAUGGCCACGGAGAAAGUGAAGAAGAAGGAAGAAGCUAAGCCAUGAUUUGGCGUAUAACACAAACCCUCUAUGUUUGUAUGCAUGCAAUGCAUGGUCAAUUACCGGUACGUACGUAUGUCAAAAUAAAAGAAAUAUAGUGCUUAAUCCUAGGAAGGUACCUAGAGCUCGAUCAAUAAAUAAAUAAAAGUCGUUGGUUCAUAUAAUUAGGUAUUUUGUUAUGUACUCGGCUUUUCUCGUGGAUGUUAUAAAUAAUAACAACCGUUUUAAUAUCAAUCAUG